CCCUUCAACCCAUCCGAACCUCUCUCUCUCUCUCUCUCUAUCUUCUUCUUCUUCUUCUUCUUGAAAUAGAACGCCUCAUUGCACUUGACGAAUGAAGGCGUGCUUGCCGGUGCCGUCCUCCAUCUUAAGGACGAAAUAGCACGACGAGUCAAGCAUGGUCUCGACGGAGAUCGUUGGAGUUUGGAUCCUCAAGUCGGAUCUCGUGCUGGUCCUUGCACGACACUACCCGGAGCCGACUCGUCCAACUCUUGUCGGACUUGAGCCACUCGCCGCAAUUGUACCUGCCGGAUGUCGACCGCGGCGGGGUUUUUUACACGGCUACCUCGCGCACCAGCAGCAACUUCAGAAUCCUUGUCGCCGCCGCGAUCCAUCUCCCUUGUCACUUCAUUGAAUGCCCGGUCGCAAGCAAUUCUUAUGCACAAACUGGAUCGCAGUGGCAGUGGAUCAAGCUUUACAGUUACAUCCAGACCAAAGGCAAAAGCCACCUGCCCUUCCAAUUCACCUGCACCUGAUUUGCCCUUGAUCGAUUCAUUGGGAUUUCAAAAUUUUGAUUCUGUAAUAUUGUUUCAGUUUUGUUACUUUGUGAUAUAGUAUAUGUGCAAUGGAAAAUCAAGAUUAUACUAUUUCAUUUACAGUUUUAGAUCUUCUUUAAUCCCAAAAAAAAAAGAAGUUGGUCUUGAUACUCA